CAUUUUUCCUGCUCUGGAACCCUACACCGGAGUGAAUGCACAACGUCUCCGUCUGGCGGGAGGCGGAGAACCUUGAGCACGUCAAGCUCGCCCUCCCUAUUCCUAAUGGCGGCUCAUUCCUCAACUUCCAGUAAUGACAAAGCUUUAAGAAGCGCAACUUCUAAUCAGUUCUUCGCAUGGAGGGAGUUUCUAUGGGGAGCUAUCGCUGGAGCAUUUGGGGAAGGAAUGAUGCACCCUAUUGAUACCGUGAAGACCCGGAUUCAAAGCCAGGCUAUUCUAUAUGGAAGUCAAAAUCAAAAGAGCCUGUUGCAGAUGAUCCAAUCAGUAUGGAAAAUUGAUGGAUCAAGGGGCUUUUAUAGGGGCUUAGCUCCUGGAAUUACUGGCUCACUUGCCACUGGAGCUACAUACUUUGGUGUUAUUGAGUCCAGUAAGAAAUGGAUUGAAGAAUCACAUCCUAGCCUUGGUGGUCAUUGGGCUCAUUUCAUUGCCGGAGCAAUUGGUGAUACACUCGGUUCAUUUGUAUAUGUUCCAUGUGAAGUUAUGAAGCAACGGAUGCAAGUGCAAGGCACAAGGUCAUCUUGGAUUUCCCUUCCCAUGAAGGAUAGCAUCUCUAUGAAUCAUGGUGGGCAUAUGUAUGGCUAUUAUUCAGGGAUGUUCCAGGCUGGUCGUUCAAUCUUGAAGGAACAAGGAUUAAGGGGAUUGUAUGCAGGAUAUUGGUCCACACUUGCCAGGGAUGUGCCAUUUGCCGGUCUAAUGGUCAUGUUUUAUGAGGCACUAAAAGAUUUGACCGAGUAUGGGAAGCAAAAAUGGAGGCCUAAUUCAGCUGUUAAUAGCUCCUUGGAAGGACUUGUGUUGGGGGGAUUGGCUGGUGGUCUCAGUGCUUAUCUGACCACUCCCUUGGAUGUGAUAAAAACAAGAAUGCAAGUUCAGGGAUCAACUUUAAGGUAUAAUGGUUGGUUGGAUGCGGUGAGUACUAUAUGGCGGAGUGAAGGGAUGAAGGGAAUGUUCAGAGGUAGCGUACCCCGAAUCACAUGGUAUAUUCCAGCUUCUGCUCUAACUUUUAUGGCUGUGGAAUUCCUGAGAGACCAUUUCAAUAAAAGAUUGGAUGAUGAAUGCAAAAAAGAAGCUGCUACAUUAUCAGGCGACAGAAAAGGAACCUUGCGAGAAGCGGCGUAAACAUCUUUACCGAAUUGAAUUUCGUCCAUCGGCGGAGAUUCAUCAACUCUUGUCAAGUUCUGCAGAUAAACACUGUAAGCUGUAUUUGCAGAAUCAAUUAAUCUAGAGGAUCGUUAGGUGAUGACAAACUAAUGAAAUCCAUUGACUUGAUGGAGGGGUCUAUAUUUUAUGAGAGAGACCCACAAUCAAGUCUCCAAAAGCAAAAGAAAUGAAUAUAGAGAGAGACAAUAUAGGUUUAUGUAAUCUCAAUUAUUUGGUUAACUAAUUGUCAUUUCUAUAGUUGGGGUUUAAUUUCAAUAGUGAUUUGUAUACUAUGUUCUCAAGUUUAAAAUAAAAUAAAA